UGAUCAUGGCACUUGCAACAGUGUCGAAAUAUCGGGAGUCUCAUAUCCCUAUUUUAAACGCGGAGGUGUCUGCAGGAAUCGGGGUCAUUGUCUAAUUUCUACAAUAAAUAUGUACCUACACAAAACAAUGUCACGUGGGACUUAAACAGGCUUGGCUGGCGAGGAAUGGCAGUAUAUACCUCUGCCUACCCCUUCCGGAAUACAGGCGUAAUGCUAAGUGUUAAGGAUAAAACAAUGUUUACGGAAAAAGUUGAUAAACAGACACACAAAACUCAUAUCAGUAAUUCCUACAAGGCAGAAUCAUUGAGAAUGUAUCGCGGCAAGUCUUUCUUGAAAAAGAAAAUAUUAUAAUAGCUCGUAACGCCUAGAAAAAUAUGGCUGGAAAAGAGCCUAAUCCAAAACUCUUUGCCCCAACUGACAUCCAUCAAAAACCUUGAAAGAAAUAUUCGUCAAAUCUGCAAUAAAUUGUCAAAUCCUUCAAAUCAAUACACUAAAAAGCCAAGUUAAACUCUUCGAAAAAAACGGAGCUAUGUCAUGAAAACGCUGAUCGUGUUAACGAUCUUCGUACUAGCGGACUGCAAGAAUCAGGGCAGCCGUUAUGGGUUCUUCCGUUCCAUGGAGAGGGAGUCUUCAGAUGGAGAUACCAGGAGAGUUUUCGGGGGAGAAGCAGCUGACCUAAGCGCGUAUCCCGCGGCGGCGGCGCUGUUAGACCGCUAUUGGACGACUAGAUGCUCUGGCGCCGUCAUCGCGUCCCACUGGGCACUGACCGCGGCGCAUUGUGUCACUUCUAGAGUCGCCUACAUCAAGUAUAAUACACGACAUCCCACGUCCACUGACGGGGACCACUCGCCUGUCCUGUACUUGUAUAGACACCCCAACUACAAAGUGGUGCAAGAAGACGAGGGUCGUGGUAUGGACGUAACUCUGCUUCAUCACGACCUGGGUCUACUCAGGUCUCGUGACCCAAUGAUCCUGCGCACCCCCAUAGAACCCAUCUCGUCCCUACGGAAGUUCAACCCAUCGCAACUUGAUAAACAAGAAGUAAUGGUAAUGGGCUUCGGUCGUACGGAGACAGUACUCAGGUCUUCUGGUGAGGAAUUAUUUGCGGUAAAGCUGCAAUUAACCUUCUGUGAGCGUGGAGCAUGGUUCCACUGUGUAUGCGGGAUGUCCAGUGCCAGCAAAACUGAACGAGGCGUCUGCUCCGGGGAUUCGGGAGGCCCGGUUGUGUAUCGUGGUAUACAGAUAGGAGUGACAUCCAUGGGGCCGUUGGAAUGUGCAACAUCUCGGUCCACGCCAGCUGAAGGAGCUACCAGCGUGUUCACCACUCUCUUCAACUACGUGGACCUUAUCAACGCGACCAUGACUGACACUGAGAAUACCCUUAAGAAACGUGCUAUGAUGUCUGGAACCGUAACCUCCAUGGUCAGGUUGCAACUGUCAAUGAUCUUUAUGGUCAUUCUAGUCCUUCUCGUGUAAAUCGUCUUUGCGUCUUUGUAAAUUAUUUACGUUGUGAGGUUUGCUUGUUUUGUUUUUAAUAUGUAUUUUUAUUCAUUUCUGUGACUGUCGAUUUGUUUAGUAGUUUUGGAAAUUUAAAGCUGAUUUUGAAAAAUUAUAUUUAUGAUUGGA